UUCUGCCUGUGUCAUCUGGGAGCGCGCACGUGUAGCCUACAGUCUACAGACUAUGCUACUUGUCUUUGUCCUAGCCUAGUAGGCUGAAGUAGUGCACUUGGUUUUCUUUAACAGAAGCUAAUAUAUGCAGCUGCCGUGACCAUUUUAAAUUGACGGGGACUGAAUUAUGUGUUUCUUAUUUCCCUGGCAGCAUUUUGAAAGCACCCGCAUCAACGCGCAACGGAGUCCGUUGCUAUACCGCUUGUACCGCGGACAGAUUUCGCUUUGGAUAUAGGCUGCCCGUAGCCAUGCGACGGCACCUCACCAAGAUGCUGUGGGGGAGAAGAAGCUGCUUUGAAACGGGCGGGUUGUUAACCGUGAUGUAGGGGUUUCCUCAGGCUAUAUAGGUUUGGAUUAUGAAGCCUAUGAUAGGCUUGCAGGCGAAUUGAUGUUGCACCGUGAUUUUGACCUCGGUUUUCCUAAAGUGAUCCAUGCUCCUGUGUUUUUGCCAUUAUCAACAUGUCCCCAGCAUCGGCUGCGACCGCCAGUGAAAGCAGCACCACUACGGUUCCGGAGGAGGACGCGGAGAGCUCCCGCGAGGAGCAGCGGCCCCUGAAGCAGUCCCUCACCAAGUCCCUGUGCAGGGAGAGCCACUGGAAAUGCCUGCUGCUGUCCCUGCUGCUGUACGGCUGCGUCGGGGCCAUGGCCUGGUGCCACGUCACCAAGGUCACCCGCCUCUCGUUCGACAGUGCCUACAAGGUCAAGUCCAUGAUGUACCACGAGAGCCCGUGCUCCAACGGCUACAUAUACAUCCCCGUGGCCUUCCUGCUCACGCUCUACGCCGUCUACCUGGUGGAGUGCUGGCACCGCCACGCCCGCGGCCAGCUGCAGCACAGGGCGGACCCGGAGAGCGUCGGGGGGCGGAUCGUGCGCAUGCAGCGGGCCACGCCCUGCAUCUGGUGGAAGGCCAUCAGCUACCACUACGUGAGGCGGACCCGCCAGGUGACGCGCUACCGCAACGGCGACGCCUACACCACCACGCAGGUGUACCAUGAGCGCGUCAACACGCACGUGGCCGAGGCGGAGUUCGACUACGGCGACUGCGGCGUGAAAGACAUCUCGAAGCGCCUGCGGGGCCUGGACAGCUCCCCGCUCACCAAGCUGAGGUUCACAAAGUGCUUUAGCUUCGCCAACGUGGAGUCGGAGAAUUCCUACCUGACCCAGCGGGCCCGCUUCUUCACUGAGAACGAAGGCCUGGACGACUACAUGGAGGCCCGCGAGGGGAUGCACCUGAAGAAUGUAGACUUCAAGGAGCACAUGCUUGCCUUCUCGGACCCGGACCAUCUUCCCUGGUACGCGUCCAACCCGGCGUUCUGGGCCGCCGCCGCGCUCACCCUCUCCUGGCCGCUGCGCGUGCUGACGGAGUACCGCACGGCCUACGUCCACUACCACGUGGAGAAGCUGUUCGGCUUCGACUACGUGCCGGCCACGCCCUCCGAGGAGCGGCCCUACUGCCGCCACAUCCCCCGCGUCAACACCGUGGACAGCACGGAGCUGGAGUGGCACAUCCGCUCCAACCAGCAGCUGGUGCCCAGCUACUCGGAGGCCGUCCUCAUGGACCUGGCUCAGGUGUCGUCGGGCGGGCGCGGCAGCGGCAACACCUACUCUGUGUGCGGCGGCUACGGCGGCUACCGGCAGAACUGCGAGCGCUGCCACCGCACCAUCAGCAACUCGUCCAUCUUCUCGCGCAGCGCCCUGAGCAUCUGCAACGGCACGAGCCCGCGCAUCCCCUUCAGCGCCAGCCGCUUCUCGCUGUCGCGGCUGUACGGCUCGCGGCGCAGUUGCCUGUGGCGGAGCAGCGGCAGCCUGAACGAGACGUCGUGCCCCACCGAGAGUACCCACUGCCUGACGCCGUCGGGCCAGCCGACCGGCGAGGAGAACCCGCCGGACUACCAGGACGCGCUCUACUUCCCGGUGCUCAUCGUGCACCGCAACGGGGGCUGCCUGAACCACUCCCUCCACCGGAACGGCUCCUGUCUGGAGACCUCCCUAUGACCCCGUGCCAGACCGCCCUAUGACCCCGUGCCAGACCGCCCUAUGACCCAGUGCCAGACCGCCCGCUCACACCCGGUCCUGGACGAGGAAUGUAUUGCACCGUCCUUCCCCUGCGAGGACGAUGACUUGACGUCGCUGAAAGCUAAUAUGUAUCAGUUGUCUCCGUUAGACCACAGAGCAUGACACAUUAGCGGCACCCUGGUGCCCUUCAGGCCUGUACCAACACUGCUGUCGACUGGAUGCACACACGGCCCUGGAUUAGACGCACGCCAUCGGCACUGCAUUUCAAGACCAUCUCAAACUAAUGUCCUUCAGUGGUAUGUUCUUCCUAAGUACAAGACAACGUGCUGCCUACAGCUACCGCCAAGCACAAACAAGCGACAUUCCCAGGACAAAAUCCGACAGUCUGAGAUGAAUUGUGUCUGAGAGAACAUGUUAAGCACAGCUGUUCUGGACCAAUCACAAUGAUCUGUUCAUAUCAGUUUGAGUUUCUGUAACCAAAGUUUCACGCUAGCUUUCACACUAUCUAUAAAUAGAGAUGAUAAAUAAGCAAGGUAACCUAACAGGCAUACUGCCUAAGAAUAAUGUCCACCUUAAAUCAUGAUGCACUUUGUUCUGGUCAAAACCAGGCAGCACAGAACUUUAGAUGUCUUGUGACUGAAAACCCCAACACAACUUAGCAGUUGAGGCUUCCUCUUGAUAAGAUGGUGUAGAAGUACAAAAUAAUCAAGACCUAAAUAAACAAAAAUAAAGACCUAAAUAAAUUCUCUUUACCUGGUCAUUUAGAUCUUAACUAGGAACUUUCCUCUCCUGGUGAACACAGUCAAGUCCUGGGGAACACUGGAGACUUACUCCAAGUAAGUCCACUGAGCCUAGAAGAAACAACUAAUUUGGCUCCCAAAGGGCUCUUUGGUCCAUUAGCUUCAAAUUAAAAAGGGAGAACCAAUAGAAAAUGAUAAAUAAUGAACAUAGGCUACCUAAUGUAAGGUAAUGUCUGAGUGGUAAAAACUGACAAGGGGCAAGUCAAGUUACUGCAAACACAAAUCCCUGGAUUCCAACCCACAACCCUCUCUCAAAUCCCUGGAUUCCAACCCACAACCCUCUCUCAAAUCCCUGGAUUCCAACCCACAACCCUCUCUCAAAUCCCUGGAUUCCAACCCACAACCCUCUCUCAAAUCCCCAGAUUCCAACCCACAACCCUCUCUCAAAUCCCAAGAUUCCAACCCACAACCCUCUCUCAAAUCCCUGGAUUACAACCCACAACCCUCUCUCAAAUCCCAAGAUUCCAACCCACAACCCUCUCUCAAAUCCCUGGAUUCCAACACACAACCCCCUCUCAGCUGAACUGGCAAUGCAUAAUAAAGGAAACUGGAACGUCCUGUCAAUUCAUAUGAAAAACAGAGCACUUGUUUUCCGUAGCAUUUCAUUCUCCUAGUGUAAAAAUGCCUCAAGUGAAGGUGUAUUUGUUGUUUUUUGAGGCCAUUGCGUUUAAAGAGAUCUUUUUACGGAAACAAAUGUUCUUUCAUUAUGAUGACAUCUGAUACAGCAGUUGUACCAUCCAGUUAACAAGCAGCAGGAGUCAGAUAGCACAGGAUGCAGUAACAGUUCUACUUCCUGACACUCUAAAUAUAGUAACAUAGAUCCAUGAAUAACUUAGUAUAGCACGAUUAAAGACCACAAGUACUUUAAGCUGAUAAGAGAAGUCUUACAUUGGAACAUGUGCCAUGCAGUCCACAUUCCUUUGAGUGUCCGAUGAACACAUUAAAACGACAACAACAAUGUGAUUAUAUGAUGUCUCUUCAGCUGUCAACAGGGAGUCUUCUAUUUUCAAUUACCAUUCAAUGAUUAUUAAGAAACAAUAAUUUCCUUUCAGCUACCUCCUAAUUCUUAAACUAUUUUAAGUGCCUGGAUGUUGGCGCUUUAAAACUUCAGCUUGGCACAAAAGACACACCUGAACAAACGCAGCAAUGACCCACCAUCCAAAUGACUAGAAAUGCAAAGGCAGGGUUCGAUCAACUCAAGUUCGACCGCAUGUUUUCUACACAGUAUUGUUUUAACGUCAUUCCAAGGUUUCAGGGGCUCCUGAUGAGACUUUUAAGUGCCCGCCACCGAUCAGAUAACUUGGAGAUGUGCUCUGCUGUCGAGGGAAGCAGGCAGACCAGACCACCGCGCGCUGCAUCUGACCUGAUGCCUAUCAGAAACAGCCAGACACCCAAAAUAGGCAGAGGCCUGUGUUCAAACGGCGCCAGUGUCAGCCCUAAUUAUAGACCGGUAGGAUUUCUGUAGGUCUAAUCACAAAACAGACAUGUGGUAAUGGCUAAUUUCCAUUUGAAAAUGUUUCAAGGCAAGUCCAGGUGGAAAAUACACAUUCUUAUGACCUUGCAAGAGACAUUUAAAUAAUAUUAAGAUACAAGUCGAUAAGUUUUAGUUUAGCCAGUUUUGCGGACAUCGUUUAAGCCUAGUCCAGGACUAGGAGAUUCUCAUUGAUCUUCACAAAAGGGUGUUGAGGUCAUUGAUUGAAACCCCCUCCCCCAGUCUCUUGAAACACACACACUUUGUAAAUAUCUGGAGACGUUUUCGCAGGUACCAUAUCACCAAAAGGGCUUUGCUGCUUUGAUCAAACUAAAGCUAACCUAAAAAGCCGGAGACACUGGGGCCCAGGAACAGAGGCAGGCUGACAGCCAUUCAGUCACGUCUGGCCCAAAGGCCCUGGCCAGUUAAUAGAAAAGCACCCUGAUUAAUCCCGGGUCUGGAUGCUGACAGGGCUCGGUAAUCUAUGCCCGGGGAGCUGUGCCGGCAAAUUACAAAUCUUUAUUAGAUCUAUACACACAAAGUGAUAAAUAGGCCUUUUUCAUUCACAUGUACUAUACUGACAUCAGCCUCUCACAGCCACUUGCCCACUAGCCCAAGGUAUGAGAGGCAUUAUCAGUCGGUACGUUGUGGUGAUUGGUGAUACCACAAAGAUAAAACUCAGACCUAUUUGGUGAACUCUGGUGAUCAUCUCAUGGGCAAAUUACUGAGCUGUAAUUGAUAAUGUAUAGGUAUUUUGUACUAAUACUUGGCGCUGCCACUGAUAAAGGGACAAGACCCAGCAUUAUGUGUGACUGGAACAUUUCAGCAUUAAAGAAAAAAAUAUACAAAAUAAGCAUGAAUCUAAUUGAUUACUCCACCAAAACAGAGCAUAAGGGCAUGACAUUUAUUCUAUCAAUGUCUUUUUUCUUUAAAUAAUCCACAAGCAUGUUAUUUUCGAAUGCUUCCACAUUGAUUUAACCUUUUAUUGUUGAACGUAGGUACUUCCUGCCUUUACAACUCUAGUUGCCACUGGCCUUUUUAAUUACGGAACUAGACAUUUCUCACAACAUCAAACCAAGCGUCUCUAACAAUUUCUAUGAAAUGAGUUGCUGUGAACAAGCAAAACAGAGCAGAAAAAUUAAAAGAUUAUUGAUUAGCAUUUGGUGUAAAGUGUCCAAGUCUUGUGUGUUUUGGUUUCAAUAAAUUGCAUAUCUAUAUUUUGCUGGACAUCAUACAUGUUUUCAAACUUCCAGAAAUAAACAGCAAAGGCUAUCUAGGAGAAAGUUCAGAUAGAAAUCCCAUUGGUCAAAAAUAUAGAUCUGGCCGUGGUCCGUCUAUCCUAAGAACACCUAUGCAACCCCCAAAACCAACUCAGGAGUGUAGUACGGACAUCUGCAGUGCUGUGAAAUGCAUUCUAAACGCUGAAUGUUUUCAGAUCUUCAACCAAAAUCUAAUAUUAAAUUGAGGGCACUUGAGUGACCAAAUACAACAAGAAUUGUACACUUAAUUCAUUUUAUUUAAUGAAAAAUGCCACGCAUAUAACAGAAUUUUACUAGCCCACACACUCAAUAAUUGGUUGGACGACCGCAAUCAAACACUUCCUAUUGUGAUGGCUGAUCAGUCUCUCAAAUCACUUUGGAAGAGUUUUGGCCCACUCUUCCUACUGUAUCUCAGUGACACUUGUAGGUUUUUCAGCAAAAACUGUUCAUUUCAAAUCCUGCCACACUUAGCAAGGGUUAGGUCUUGACUUAGGUCAAUGACCAGAUCAUUCCAACAUGUAAUACAUACCUUUGAAUUUGUCCUGAUGUAGACGUGCUGUGUGUUUUGGAUUACUGUCUUGCUGUGGCUUCCUUGUCCCAUUGACAAAACCAAGAACAUUUGAAAGGGGACAAAUACUGUUUCACGGCACUGUGCAGAAGACGCAUCAUAUGUUCUAUCACAAGCACUUCACUUAUUCUCUUUGCCAGCUGAUUGGACUGUUGGUCUAUUCGACUGCCUCCUGAUUAGAUGGUUGGACUAUUUGACUGCCUGCUGAUUGGACUGUUGGACUAUUUUACUGCCUGCAAAUUGGACUGUUGAUAUAUUUCGACUGACACCUGAUUAGACUGUUGGACAAUUUGACUGUCUCCUGAUUGGACGGUUGGACUAUUUGACUGCCUGCUGAUUGGACUGUUGGACUAUUUUACUGCCUGCAGAUUGGACUGUUGAUAUAUUUCGACUGACACCUGAUUAGACUGUUGGACAAUUUGACUGUCUCCUGAUUGGACUGUUGGUCUAUUUGACUGCCCUGCUGAUUAGACUGUUGUACUAUUCAACUGCCUCCUGAUUAAACGGUUGGACUAUUUGACUGCCUGCUGAUUGGACUGUUGUCUAUUUAACUUCCUGCCGAUUGGACUGUGGGACUAUUUAACUUCCUGCUGAUUGGACUGGGGGUCUAUUUAACUUCCUGCUGAUUGGACUGUAAUUUCACUCAAGCCCUCUGCAUUUCUAAAGUGUUGGAGAGGUUGACAGUGUCAAUCAGCUGAAACUAAUUGUGUCCCAUAUGGGUUUUAAUUGAGGAUGUGUGGAGCAGGAUGACCAGGCUUCUGUAACAGAUCAUGGAAGGAAGGUGACUUCAGUUCAGGGGUCAGACACAUUACCGGAGGUUCAGUCACAGGAGGCCCCCAUUUUCAUUAGAAGACUUUCAGAGUAUUGAGGCGAGUUGUUUAUUUAGAUUAUUGUGUCUGUUAGUCUGACGUUUGAAACAGCCGACAGUGAAAGCGAUUACAGACCCAAUAGUCCAUCGCUCACUGUUCGGCCUCUAACUAGUUUGGUUUAUUUAUAAUAAAAACCAUCCGAUGGAUUCACUGUGCUAUGUAGUUGUGUACUAUAAAGACUGUUUACUAAAGCUAUGUUUAUUAACCAGUAAACAAUAAACAGUAUACAACAGUCAACGAAAGUUAUUCAACUUUGUUAUUAGUGACAGGAAAUUGUUUGCCCACCACAGACUGUUAACUUAACCCUUUAUCAUAAUAUAAAAUAGAAGUAGAACAGUAAAACUCUUUCAACUCCCAGGUGUCCCUGUAUGGAAAUUUAUGCAUUUUUAAAAAUUUCACAACCCAAAAUGAAACCUUUAUCAUGUACAAAGCUGAGUUACACGUUGUAAUGCUGUAUGUAGUAUGUACCAAGGUUAUUAUAGUGAACAUGCAACUAACGCUCAUACCAACAUAACUCUGUAGAGAUAUUGACAGAUUGUAAUUUACCACACUGACCUGCCUUAUGCAGUGAUAAAGAUAAAUGCCUUCUAGCUUCCCAUGCAGUUUCUUCCCCCUAAUACUAAAACUAAUACUUAAACUAAAUAAUAUAAAAACAAACUUAUAACUGAAUGAAAACAAGCAAAUCGGGUCUGUACACUAACUGAAAUAAAAUUUAAAGAAAAUUGUACUCGAAUAAACACAUAAAAUAUAAAACAACUAAACUACAAUAACCUUGGAAAGUACUCUAAGACCAAGAAUGCUUUUGGGGACAUUUUCAUACUGUUGUGUACAGAAUGUUGUGGCUUUAUUAAAGGACUCCAGUGUAAAUAAUA